GCUCGUCAUUACAGCGCGACACUGUGUCUACAGGGUGUUAUUGUACACAACAGUGUGUGUGUUAGUGAACAGAGAGGACGUGUAGGUCUCUGGAGAGCGCACAUGGCGAUUUGGAACACCGCCCACCUCUUCCUGUUCCUCUGCACGUGGGUUCCUGGGCUGAGUCAAGCUUCCAGAACCGAGUGCAGAGUCGAGCUGAGUAAGGCAGACUGCAGCCACAUGAACCUGAAUGCCAUUCCCCAGGACCUGCCCGAGGACAUCAGCGUCCUGGACAUGUCCCAUAACCGACUGGUCCAGCUCAAGCCCUCGUCUCUGACCCGAUACAACCGUCUGGAGCAGCUCGACACCAGCUACAACAGUCUGAAGGCAGUACCGGCAGGUCUGUGCCAGGCCGUGCCCAGGCUGUGGCGGCUCACCCUGCGUCACAAUGUAGUGCACCUGCUGCAAGACCAAGACCUGAGUAACUGCAUACGCCUCACACACCUGGACCUGUCUGAUAACAGAUUGAAACUUAAAGGAGAACCCUUCUCAAAGACAGAGAAUUUGGCCUGGCUGGACGUGUCCCGAAACAAGCUGACCACCGCUUGCCUGGGAUCGCGACCCCAGCUUAACAGCCUGGAGACCCUCAUCUUUGCAGGUAACGACAUCAUGGAGCUGAAAAAGGACGACUUCAGGUUCCUCAACGAAUCCUUGUUGUUCCGGACGCUGGUGCUUUCUUCUCUGCCUCUAAAGAAGGUAGAGCCUGGCUGCUUCAAACCCAUUGCUAGGUUCCAAGACCUGGUGCUACAUGGUUGUAAGCUCAACCCCACCAUCAUGUCCAAACUCUGUGAGGAACUCUCUGACACCUCUUUGAAAAACCUAUCCAUGCAAAACACCCAGCAAUUCAAUCUGAACCUCAGCACCUUCAAAGGUUUUGACAAGACCAACCUGACUAUCCUGGAUCUCUCCAACAACAGCAUGACCAGUAUCACAGAUGGGGCCUUUCAGUGGUUUCCCAUGCUGGAGAAUCUCUCUUUAGAGCACAACAACAUAAAACAAUUGACCAAAGAAACAUUUUCUGGACUAAAGAGCCUGAAGAAGCUCAACCUUCAGUUGGCGCUUCUGAAAAGUCAUGUGUUGCCUGUCAUCGACGACUUCUCUUUCCAGCCACUGGUCCAGCUGGAGUAUCUGAACAUGGAGAGGACAUCGUUCAGGGAGAUCACUGAGAAUAUUUUUUAUGGACUUCCAUGUCUAAGAGAGCUGAAUCUGGGUUGGAGCAGCACAGGGCUAAAGACAGUCAGCAACACCACAUUUGUCUCCUUGAAAGGAUCUCCACUUCUUCAGAUACUUAAUCUUACAGGUAUGGGCAUUAAGGCCCUGGGGCCAGGAGCUUUUUCAAGCUUGGGAAACUUGAAGCUUCUAGUGCUCAGCCACAACUUCAUCAACCAGCAGCUGACAGGAGAAGAGUUUCAGGGUCUUGACAGUAUCAAGGAAAUCCAUUUGUCUUACAACCAGCAGAUGAUAAAUUUGACGUCUACGUCGUUCAUGUAUGUACCCACAUUGAGGACUCUUUUGCUCGGGCAUGGCUUACGUCCAAAUACGAAAAUGGACCCGUCUCCAUUUCAAACGCUGGUCAACCUGGUGGUGCUGGAUCUCAGUAACAACAACAUUGCAAACAUAAAAAAUGGCUGGCUUGAUGGAUUACAGCAUCUUAGUGUGCUGAAACUUCAGCACAAUAAUUUGGCCAGGGUGUGGAAAAAUGCUAAUCCUGGAGGUCCUGUGCUGUUCCUUCACGAUGCUCAGAACCUUACCAUACUUGAGUUGGACUAUAAUGGUCUUGAUGAGAUUCCAACGAUGGCCUUUCAAGGCCUCUCACAACUAAGAUACCUCAGCAUUAGUGGGAAUCUCCUGAAUUUUCUCUACGACUCCAUUUUUGACGAUUUGCGGUCUUUGCGCUUCCUGUCGCUGCAGAAGAAUCUUUUGACCUCGGUGAGGCCGGAGACGUUCAAAGUGCCGCUGUCCAACCUGAUUGAUCUCUACAUGGAUCAUAACCCGUUUGAUUGCACCUGCGAGAGCAUAAUGUGGUUCCACAAAUGGCUCAAUACCACCAACACUAGCGUACCUGAUGUAGAAAGCUACAUCUGCAACACUCCAUCCUUGUACUUUAAUCGCUCGUUGUUGGACUUCAACCCAGAAUCCUGUAAGGACCUGGUACCCUUUCAGGCUGCAUAUAUAAUCUCCAGCACUUUAGUACUGGGUCUAAUGGUUAUAGCCUUCUUGGUGCACUACCAGGGCUGGAGGAUUCAUUUCUAUUGGAACAUUCUAGUCAGUCGCACCCUGGAUAUAAAUGAGUUUCGUUAUAAAAGGUUGAACGAGUGCAGAUACAAAUACAAAGCCUACAUUGUCCAUUCUCAGGAGGAUACACUUUGGGUGGAACGAAGCCUGCUUCCUUUGGAAGACAAGGAUUUUAAAUUCUUCUUGGAAGACCGGGAUGCAAUGCCAGGCUGUUCCACAUUAGAGACGAUUGUAGACAACAUGAGAAUGUCCCGGAAAAUAGUUUUUGUUAUCACUGAGGCACUUUUGAAUGAUCCCUGGUGUAGACAGUUUAAAGUCCAUCACGCCCUUCACCAGGUAAUGGAAGAGAAUCGGGACUCGCUGGUCCUGAUUUUCCUUGAAGAUGUCGCAGAGUACCGCCUGACCCAGUCGCUCAUGUUGCGUAAAGGCAUGCUGAAACGCCGCUGCAUGCUCCAGUGGCCUCUGCAAAAAGAGCGCAUCACGGCUUUCCGCCAAAAGCUACAGCAAGCGUUAUCCUCAAGCAACCGUGUUGCCUAAAGCCGACUGUCUGGGUAGAACCUGGAUAAAGCAUUUAAUGAACAAGGAUUGCUGUUAAUGCUAGCCUCAGUUGGUGCUGUUUACCUUUCUAGUACCUUUGGUAACAAGUUGGCUUUUUAUGCUAGCAGUUUACAAGGUUGAGGCUACGUUGAUGUAGCUACUUAGCUCUCUCAGCACACUAGGUUCGUAUUUUAGAUACUUAAAAUAACAAGUAUUACUAUUAAUGCUAGGUGCUGAAACUAAAAAUACAGUCAGCUAAUCCACUUUACGCUGACAGGGCUAGAAGGAUUUAGGUUUGAAGAAUGAAUAUGUUAUGUCAAGCUAAUGAUAGUUAGGCUAAAUUAAUUAAAAUAAGCAAAGAUUUUGCUGUUGCUAGCCAUUUUUAUCACUUAUCUCCAGGUCAGAAGAGAUCAACUGAGUAAUGGAACAGUUUUAGGCUUUUACAUGAUACAGCAGAACCUCGACAUACGAAUUCAAUCCGUUUUGGAGGCGAGUUUUUAAGGCGAUACACAUUUUCUCAUGAGAAAUAAUGUAAAUGCAGAUAAUCCGUUCACGUCACCCAAAAAUAUGACUAAUAUAAAAAAAAUAAUAAAACUUGUAGCUUUUGAAAGCGUGUCAAAGGCAACAUCGGUAUCAUGGGUCGACUCUUUCGAAACUGUUCUCGCUGGCUGACAAAAAUCGCAAACUUGCUUCACUUUGCUUUCUACUGAUGCAAAUAAGUUAUAGCAAAAAAACUAGCAAACCAGUUAUAUCAAGCAACUUAGCAAACAAGUUAUAGCAUCUUGUUCAGUUUGGUUCAAUUGUUCGUAUGCUGAGGUUCCACUUUAAGUUUUUUUUGGAAGAGCUAAAGUUCUAAUACGGUACUUUAUCCACAGGUUGUAACAGCUUCAUAGAGAUUCCUCCACUUUCUUUCUUUCUAAACGAACAGUUUCACCUAGAGUGGAGCUCCAAAUUCAUUUUUUAAACCAAUGCCUCAGAAAUAAUAUGAACUAGAAGCAAAUGUUUUGCACUAUAUAGGGCUUUUAUCAUAUGUUGUAUUUUUAUAUAACAUAUAUAUAUGUUUAUAUAUUUGCUCUAAACCAAGAUAUCAGAGAUGAUUUUAUAAAACUGUGCUGGGUUCAGGUCUCAUGAUUUAUUGUUAUAGUCUGCCCUCUAGUGGCUGGUUUUGCAAAUAAACAAUUGAGUGUAAAUUUA